GUGACCGCUCGCCCGCGGGAAGACGCAGUGAUCAAACACUUUUUUCCACUCCAGUUGCUGACAUUUCAUUAAGGACCUGAUGGGGGAGGAAAUUGUUGCUGAUAACCAAGACGGUCGUCAUGGCAACAUCAAUUUAUGGUCUGUGGAGCUUGUUGUCAUUGGGGACACCGCUGGGCCGGAGUCUACCCCAGUCCACUUUCGCUGAGAGGCUUUCCCCUCCCCCCGUGACCUGCUGACCUCCGUGCGUCAGGUGGAGAAGAUGCUGGCAGCCCACGAGGUCUCCUUCCAACAGCACCUGCGCUCGCUGCGCAAGAAGAUGAGCGCUCUGCACAACAGCACGCUGGCCGCCAUGAAGGCCGCCAACGCCUCCUGCCCCAAACCGGAACCGCCCGCCCACGGCCACCGGCUGGGCCGCGUCUUCUCCGUGGGACACGAGGUCCACUUCCUGUGCAAGCCGGGCUACGAGCUGAUUGGUCCGCAGACACAAGUGUGUCUGGAGUCGCUGAGGUGGAGCGGCCAGGCGCCAACGUGCCGCCACCAGGAAGACGGAGGGUCUGACGGCACCAGAAGCUCCUCCCUCUUCCCUUCUGCUGAUGCCACGCCCUCCUCGCCGCCGCCGUCCUCCAUGAUGUCCGCCUCCUCGCCGUCUCCCCCCCCCGCGCCCUCCUCGGUGCACCCCUCCAACUGCACCCGCCUCCAGGGCGCCAUGCGCUGCACGUGUGACGUGGGCUUCACCAUCUCCGGCCGCGACAACAACCUCUGCACAGACAUCGACGAGUGCCGCCUGUUCUCCCUGGGCCAGCAGGGGCGCCUCUGCGUGCACGAGUGCGCCAACACGCCCGGCAGCUACCGCUGCCUCUGUCCCGCCGGCUACAGGAUCGCCGACGACGGGCGCGGCUGCACAGACUUGGACGAGUGCGACGACGGGGAGCACGACUGCGGCGGCGAGGAGCUCUGCGUCGACACGCACGGAGGUUUCCGCUGCAUGACCGUGGCGUGUCCCCGCGGCAACAACGCCACCUACAUCAAGACGUCGCCAACGCGCUGCGAGAGGAACCCCUGCAUGCUGGGCGACAAGGCGUGCGCCAAGGCGCCCAACUCCGUCUCCUUCCACUUCCUGUCCGUGGUGUCCAACAUGUCGACGCCCCGCGUGCUCUUCCGCGUGUCGGCGGCCCGGGCGCUGGGCGACACGCUGCGCUUCGGGCUGGCGGGCGGCCGGGGGCGGGGCCACUUCAGCGUGCAGCGCUCGGGCCGCCAGACGGGCACGCUCCUCCUGGUGGCGCCCGUGCUGGGCCCCGCCACGCUGGAGGCCGAGGUGGAGAUGAGCGAGCUGGAGCGCCACACCCUGCUGGGCCGAUACCUCACCAAGGUCACGCUCUUUGUGUCGCCUUAUAACUUUUAAAGGACCGCCUUUAGCAUUUUUCAAUUAUUUUUUAUUAUUAUUACCCUAUUUUUCCCGGUACAUAAGCCACACCAACUACAUUUUAGAAACAGUAAAUAUGUUUCCAUAUAUUAGCUGCACGGGACUAUAGCUCCAUUAUAUUACAAUAGCAUGUACAAAUAUGCAUGAAAACACUCCUACGGACGUCACUUUAGUAAGUAAGAAUAGUUUUAGUUAUAUUGUAAAACUUACAAACGUCGCUUGGGAGC